AAGUUCCUCAUGCUGAUGAAACUGGCUUACAGUAAAACGUUGGUUUGCAAACGUUUCUGUAAUUGCUGAUACGAUUUGAUUUUAUAAACGUAUCAGACGUUUACAGAUCUUACCAACUCUAGCAGUGUCUCGUCUGGAUCUUUAACUAUAAAAUCCAGGAUGCCCGGCCUCAGCUGUAGGUUCUACCAGCACAGGUUCCCAGAGGUGGAAGACGUGGUCAUGGUGAACGUGCGCUCUAUCGCCGAGAUGGGUGCGUACGUGAGUCUGCUGGAGUACAACAACAUCGAGGGCAUGAUUCUGCUCAGCGAGCUCUCCAGGCGACGGAUUCGCUCCAUCAACAAACUUAUCAGGAUUGGACGAAACGAGUGCGUAGUAGUUAUUCGAGUGGACAAGGAGAAAGGUUACAUUGAUUUAUCCAAAAGAAGAGUAUCACCAGAAGAAGCUAUAAAGUGUGAGGACAAGUUCACCAAAUCUAAAACUGUUUACAGCAUCCUGAGACAUGUGGCUGAGGUUCUAGAGUAUACCAAAGAUGAGCAGUUGGAGAGCCUGUAUCAGCGUACUGCCUGGGUGUUUGAUGAAAAGUACAAGCGGCCUGGAUACGGCGCUUAUGAUGUCUUCAAGCAGGCAGUGGCGGAUCCAUCCAUUUUAGAUGACUUAGAUUUGACUGAGGAGGAAAGAAAGGUUUUGAUUGACAACAUCAACAGACGACUCACCCCACAAGCGGUGAAAAUCAGAGCAGACAUUGAGGUUGCCUGUUAUGGCUAUGAAGGCAUCGAUGCAGUCAAAGAUGCCUUGCGGGCCGGUUUGAGUUGUUCAACAGAGGCAAUGCCUAUCAAGAUCAAUCUGAUUGCCCCUCCUCGCUAUGUAAUGACUACAACCACUUUGGAGCGCACAGAAGGCCUGUCUGUGCUCAACCAGGCCAUGGCAGCCAUUAAGGAGAAGAUUGAGGAGAAGAGGGGUGUCUUUAACAUUCAGAUGGAGCCAAAGGUGGUGACAGAAACAGAUGAAACUGAGCUGGCCCGGCAGCUGGAGAGGCUGGAAAGGGAGAAUGCAGAAGUGGAUGGGGAUGACGAUGCAGAGGAGAUGGAGGCCAAGGCUGAGGAUUAGAGAGGAAGUGUUACAGACCGAGUUUGCCAGGAAUUUUCAUCCGAUCGAAGAGUACUGUUUUAUCAUGCCACAAAGACUGAGAAAGCCUGAUUAAACCUGAGGAAAUGGAUAUGUCUCAGGGGGAGUAAUGAAGCCAGUUGUCACACGGCCUAUAACAACAGCAGGUAAUGGCUUUGGACCGACUGGUGAACUUUUGUGCUCAGAAGAAAAAUGCCCCAAUGCACUGUUCGUUCUUUCCUUCAUGACAAAUGGAGUUGGAUAUUCAUGGACCUCUAGAUGGUUUAAUUUCCAAGAAAGCUUUUGGAAAGCAUUUUUACCAUGUCAAGUGUUUUAAUGCAAAAUGCAUUAGUAAUUAGGGAUGUUAUUUUACAACUGUUGGUAAUUUCAGUGGCCUUGCUCUUUCCUGACUCAACAAAGGUCGUCCUUUCUCAGGAGCCUUUUCUAUGAGGAUUGUGCUGGAGUUCUCGAACCAUAAUGAACAUCCAGUUUUGGUCUCACUGGUUUUGCAUAGACAUUUGGUCAAGUCAGGUCUCCCUCUUUUCUUCUGGUAUGCAACUGCAGUUUUCCUUGAAGAUUACACAGCAUAGUACUGAAUCUUAUCAGACCCCUUUCAGAUUUGGUUUACUUUACGAUUAAAUACCAACACAAUCAUUCUAACAACUGAUUUACAUGCAAGCUGUAUAUCCAAACCUGUGAAGGUCAGGUAAAGUUCAGGCGAAGAAGUAAAUGUCAGUGCCCAUAGUUCAUUUGCUUAGCUCACACAAUAAAAUGAGUUUGAAAUUUAAAAAGUGA